AUGGAGCUCUACUCAACAAGCUCGGACGUCACAAGGGCAGAUCUUGUCGAUAGCAAUGGGUACACCAUCUACCGCAUCACUACGGAAUCGUCCUUCACGAAGAGCAAGACGACCAUUGCACGCUUCGUACCCCAAGGUCCCAACGGCCCACAGCCUGUAGUCAUUGCUGGGAUCACUUGGCGUAAUCUACACGACGAUGAGAUCACCUAUCGGGGGCAGACACACAAAGCCAAGAGCCUGAUUCACAAGCACGGUGCUUGGACAGAAAAGCGCGACUUCACUGGAGCAUCUGGUCGAGCCUACUACUGGAAAGAGGGCGUUCUCUACAUUUCCAACGGCAUCGAAGCCGGUCGCUGGCACAAUAAGUCUCACGGCUUCUUCAGCCAAGCGCACGCUGCCUACUUGCAGCUAAGCAACCCGGAGAUCUUGAAUGACCUGGAUGACAUUAUCCUCGUCAUGGUAUACCACUUCUCAAAGUUGGCAGAAGACACCAAUGCUGCCAUGGCUGGCGCCACGGCUGGUGGUGCCGUUGCUGCGAGCGGAUAA